UCAACGAGAAAACAGAAAACCCUAGCUAGCUCUCUAGCUCCAUUUUCUUCUUCUACUCAUAACUGUUUCUAUCUUCCUCUUCGUGCAUGCGGUCUUCCAUUUUCUCCUCUUCUUCUUCUAAUUCAAGAAAAUCACACGGUUUAUUGCCAUAGCACCUCCUGCAUUAUCUCUUAGUAGAGGACUUGUGGAAGCUCUUCUGAUAAGAAUGCUUCUACUUUUGUUAUUAGAGUCCAGAACUAUUCCAACUCAUGGAGAAUAUUCGAAGAGUUUUUGCUUAUCUUGCAAACCAAAGUUUUUGAAGAAGUGCAAAGAUUCCUAUGCGUUGUAAUUUCCUUGUUACUGAACUGGGAUAAGUGAUAAACUUGUCGUGCCAAAGCCCUAGUAAUUACAAGUGUGACAUUUUUCAAAUGUCUGACGCUGCUAUGGCAGUUAUGAAACCUGAGAUGAAAUCCUACAUCUGGCUUCAAACUGUGGAUGGUUCUAUUCAACAAGUAGAGGAAGAGGUUGCCAUGUUUUGCCCUAUGAUUCAUCAGGAAGUACUUCAGACAGGCAUGGGAUCUUCCAAAACUUAUGCUAUAUCUCUUCCACAACGUGUCAAUCCAGCAAUCUUGGGUUUAAUACUCGAUUACUGUCGGUUCCACCAAUUACCAGGACGUUCUAAUAAGGAGCUCAAAACUUUUGAUGAGAAGUUUAUUCGGAUGGAUACAAAGAAAUUAUGUGAGUUGACAUCUGCUGCUGACAGCCUCCAACUGAAGUCUUUGGUUGACCUAACCAGCCGAGCACUUGCUCGGAUUAUUGAAGGAAAAACUCCUGAGGAGAUUCGUGAAACAUUUCAUCUGCCUGAUGACCUCACUGAGGAGGAGAAGCUGGAGCCUCUUAGAAACAUAACUGACGAUCCACGUAUUCGACUUCUAAAUAGAUUAUAUGCUAGAAAGAGGAAAGAACUAAAAGAGAGGAAAAAAUUAAAGGAUGUUGAGGUUGAGGAGGAACCUAAGGAUGAGCGCUCAGUUGAUGAUCUUCUUUCAUUUAUUAAUGGUGCAAAUGGAGAUAUAAAGGGAACCAGAGCAAAUAAGAAUAAAAAGAAGAAUAGGAGAAGGAAAGACCAUGCAAAGGAUCCUUCUUCAGAAAAUGCAAAUGAAAACCAUAAUAAGGAGUUUAAUCCUCUUCCUUCUGCAUGUCACAAUGGCAAUUUUGACAAUGCCUUGGAGGCCUCUGCAAGUAAACACUCGAGAAUGCAAGAUCAUUCUGCUGUUAAUUUUUCUUCAAAGCUCGAGUUUAUUGAUGGUGAUCUUGAUGAUGAUUUAGAUCCUGCAAUGAAAGAGGAGCUUGACAGGGAAGUGGAAGAUUUUGCUCGAAGAUUAAAUUCAGAUUGGCCUGAAAGGAUGCAGGAGAUUUUGUCUUUGAGCCAAGAAAGAAGACUAGUACCAAUUUCUAUGAAUAGCAUCGGUUCAACCCACUUGUAUACAAGUUUUGAUCGGAGAUAGCGCAGCACUGGCAGAUAAUUCAGUUUUCAAGGUGAGUGGAAGUUUUAAGUUAUCUGGAAGAUGGCAGCAUAGGAUUUGCUGUUGUCUGAAUCUUGGAAGUGCAAGUCUUUCUGUGAGCACCAUGUGAGUAAUAUUUGUUUGUUCCUUGCAACCAAAAUGUUGUUUUGUUUUUUUAACUUAGAACAUUUUGAAUUCUGCAAGCAAGGGGACGGGGGUAAAUAUGAGAGAAAAAAGAGAGAGAAGAAAAGAGUUAUAAAAAAAACCUCUUGGAUAGCAAUUUGGGCAUAAUCUGCUCGUGUACCUUGACCAUGUUUUCUUGUAUUUAUUCAGGGUCUCAAUAAUUGUGGUCCAGGUCUUUGAAGUUUGAAUUUUUUAACAGUAAUUUAAUUGUCAUUUUUGUUUUCUUUCUUUCUUUCUUUUUUAUUUAAUUGGGUGGUUGAGUUAUAGUUAAGUUGAAUUCUACCUUCCAGCCAGUGUUUGGCGUUGUUAACUUAUUAAACUCUUUAACCACUUUUGCUAAAUGUAGAGUUGAGUUGUAUUGUACCUUUAGUAGUCUAAUUGCUUCGGAGAGAAAGAUGUUAUGUUUGGGUUGAUACCAAGGCAGGGGAUUGAUUAAUUACUACUUCCUACUUAUUCAAAAGAAAACGAGAUAUCGUUUUAGCUUCAACUUCAUAUUAUUCUAUGUUACUGGA